AUGAAGCUUCUCCUCCAGGUGGUGUUGUUGGCUUUGGGAGUCACCUGCCAGGAGGCAGUGCAAAAAUUCGAAAAUUACAAACUGUACAAGCUCUUCGUGGUCGAUACUGACCAGGCGGCGGAGCUGAACAGCUGGCACAAACAGGGAAACCUCGACUUUUGGAGCUAUGGCGGCAUCAACCACUCGGUUACGGUCAUGAUUCACCCAGGUCAGAAGCUGCGUUUCGAGCAGACGCUCGAGCUAGUGCAGAUCGAAUCGGAGCUGGUCGAGGAGAACGUACAAAUUCUCCUGGAGGAAGCGCACAAGAAACCGGAACUCAACGAAACGAGCAAGCGCAUGUUCCUGCCAGAGAUCGAUCCUAUCGAUUUUCAUCACUUCUGGACGCUUGACGAGAUCUACCGCUACAUGGAUCAGCUGCAGAAGUGGUUCCCGAAGCUCGUGCACGUGAUGGAGAUUGGCCGCACGAGUGAGAACCGCCCGAUCAAGGUGAUCUGCGUUUCGACGAAGGGAUACAUCGACCAAACCCGGCCGGUGAUUCUGAUCGAUGCGGGUCUGCACGCGCGCGAAUGGGCAUCGCACAUGUCGACGAUACACCUGAUGCACCAGUUGGUGGAGAAAGCGGACGAGAAUAAGGAGCUGUUGGAGAACACGGAUUGGAUCAUUAUGCCGGUGGCCAACCCGGACGGAUACGUCUACUCACACGAGAUGAACCGUCUGUGGCGUAAGAACCGUUAUUCUGGCUAUGAGUUCUGUUCCGGUGUUGACCUAAACCGGAACUUCCCGUUCCGCUGGAGCUACACCUCUCACUCCUGCACCGAUGGUUACGCAGGACACGCACCUGGUUCCGAGCAGGAGACCCAGGCUCUGAUGCUCCUGAUGGGACAUUACGCGCGCAGCAUCAAGGUGUACCUCUCGGUGCACAGCUGCGGCAACUACAUCCUCUACCCGUACGGUUACGAUUACGUACCGGCACCGAAUGCGGCCGCUCUUCAUCUGCUGGGUAUGCAGGCUGCUCAGGCGGUGAAGGACAUCGGUGGUCCAGAGUUUGAAGUGGGCAACUCGGCCGAACUGCUCUAUCCGGCCAGUGGUAGCGAUGACUUCAUCUACGGUAGCUACGGUGUAGAGUACGCGUACACCCUCGAGCUGUCCUGCGGAAAGCGCGGGUUUGGCUUCAUCAUCGACACCGAGCAGAUCGAGAGCGUUUCCGCUGAGGCGUUUGAGAUGUUCAAGGUGUUUGGACAGUUCGCGGGUAACCAAACGGUCGCCACACGCUCAAUGAAGACGCUUGCAGUGGUGAUCGGUUGUUUGCUGGCUUUGGCCGUUGCCAAAGCCGAUUCGUAUCAUGAGUUUCAGGUGUACAGCGUGCGCCCGGAAACGCAAGAGCAGCUGACGGAGUUGCUUCGGUGGAAAAGUAGCGGUGUAGAUGUAGACUUCUGGGACGCACCGAAGCUUGGCCGGAAUGCACGAGUGAUGGUGGCACGUGUGGAUCACAAGAUGUUGGAAGACUUCCUGGAGAACCACGACAUCGAGUACGAUCUGGUGUUCGAUGACGUGCAAGAGAUGCUGGAUAAGGAACAUCGUCGCAACAACGAGCACCACGAGCGGAUCAAGCGAGACUCGAAUUCGCGUGCGACGGUAAAUUUCGAGCACUUCUGGACGUUGGACGAGAUCUACGACUAUCUGGACGAGCUGGCGGUGGCAUACAAUGGUUUGGUGCGGGUGUCCGAGAUCGGAAGAACGCACGAAAACCGUCCCAUCAAGGCCAUCACUAUCUCGGUCCGGGGCGACAUCGAUCAGACCCGACCCAUUGUGUUUAUGGACGGAGGCAUUCACGCCAGAGAAUGGGCCGGUGUGAUGUCGGUGAUGUACAUGAUCCACGAGUACGUGGAACACUCGGAGCAGUACACCGAUCAGUUAGCGAAUGUCGACUACGUCAUCAUUCCGGUAGCAAACCCAGAUGGUUUCGUGUAUACACACCAGGAAAACCGGUUGUGGCGCAAGAACCGCGUCCAGAACAAUGUGCUCUGCUAUGGGGUGGAUUUGAACCGGAACUUCCCGUACGAGUGGGACCGAACGACUACCGAGUGCACGAACAACUUCGCUGGACGAUCAGCUUCCUCUGAGAAUGAAUCUAAGGCCAUGAUCGCGCUAAUGGACCAGUACAAGGCGGCGAUUCGCAUGUACCUGGCAGUACACACGUACGGCGAGAUGAUCCUGUGGCCAUGGGGUUACGACUUUGUACAUGCACCGAACGCCGUCGAGUUGCAGCGAUUGGGUGAGCAAGCCCGGGAUGCGCUCGUAGCAGCUGGUGGUCCUGAAUAUGAAGUCGGUAACUCGGCCGAUAUUCUGUACACGGCAACCGGUGCUACCGAUGACUACGCUUACAGUCUGGGUGUGCCGUACUCCUACACCAUCGAGCUGACUGGGGGUGGAUCGCAAGGUUUCGACCUGCCGGCAUCGGAGUUGCCACGCGUUACCUCGCAAACGUUCGAACUGCUGAAGGUGUUCGGGCAGCACGCCGGCACGUUGACGGUGUCACCGUAG